AUGCUGAAGCCUCGACAAUUGCUAAAAGGCCGGAUCGUGCCUUUCAUCUCAUCGUGGCCGUCGGACCAUGUGCCUUGCUUAGGUGUUUGCAAUCAAGCUCCGCGCCUGGAAUACGUGCUCAAACACACAAAACAUCAUCCACCGGAGCCACUAAAAGCCCACGACGAUGUAGUACGGGAGCUUCAAUCAAUCUUUUCAUCCAUUGCUCCUGACCUCAUCGUCUUACCCCCUCACACGCACGAAUACAAUCAUUUUUGUGUUCUCAGUUCGCACCCUCGAAGCCAACGUCGGCGCAAGCGCGAGCGAGACAUGUUUCAAGAGGCUAUGAAGCAAAAGAGCUCAGCAUCUCCUUUGACGCCUACUAUCAAACGGGCUGUCGGGCUCAAUUUUGCUCAGCACGAUAGAACCGACAGUGUCGUUCGCAUCGACGGCAUAAGCCCGAUUUUCCCGAUCAAAUCUAUUCUUGAAACGCUGCACAAGAGAUACGACGUCAACACCAUCUGGCCAGUCUAUCGCCCCGUCCAUGAGCGUCAGACAGGCUCUCCGCAAUUCUCGGGCACAGUCUAUGCGCUCCUUCCAACGCUCGAGGUUCACUGCGGAGGCUUGUUCGUCCAAACCGCAAAGGAACGACUAAUUGGCGAGCUUAUCCCUUCCGAACACAAUGAUCUUGCUCGCCUCCCCGCCUGCAAUUAUGUGCAAAAAGGCCACGCGGUGGAAGCUCCAUCAAACGAGCUUUUAGACGAUACCUCCACCGUCAGGAAUACUCCAACCCUUCUUCAGAAGCUUCGACCAAAUAGAACCUUGGGCAUCCAUCGCCUGUUUGAGGCUUUCAGCAGCACUUUUGGCAGUUCAGCAGGUUCGACUUCUCGGCAGACUGCUUCCGAUCAACCCCCUCCAAAGAAGGCCAAGACGAUUGCAUAA